UUAUGAUAAAUAUAUUUCAAUCUUUCUUUCAAUAAAGUAUUUUUGUAAACUAAAUAUAAUAACCGAUCUAUAUCUGUUUAAUUAUUUAUAUGAAUAUAUUUAUAGUAUAUUUGCCACGUUGUUCUGCAUUUUUAUUUAUUUUGUCGUUCUUUUCAAGAGAUUACUCCCACAUGGAAUUGGUUACGAAUUCCAUGUAUUACACAAUCCGAUGUUAUCAAAAUUGGUCUCAUAUAGUUCCGAGGAUAAGAAGAAAAUACGUAGUCGUAACAAGUGUUUUUUUCGGUGACACGAUGAACAAAUUUGUUCGGGAAAAUGAAUCACGGGAAAAACCUGUUGGUGAUAGUGAAUGCAAUAAAGUUACGAGUUAUUUUCCACCUAAAAACAUUGGAAACGAAAUCGUUGACUUGAGAAAAUUAUUAAAAGAUUCAUUUGAUGCAAAAUUUAGGUUUUGUAGUUUCGAGCUUUCACCCAUAAAAAAUAAUGACUUUUAUCAAAGUUUUUUUGCAGAGAUGAAUAAGUAUCGUCCACUCUUUUAUGCAUUAACGUGGCAUACGAAAAAUAUGGCAAAAGAUUAUCCAUCUUUAGAGGUGAUUCGACAAUUUCCAAGCAAUACAAUUCUUCAUAUAAUCAUUGGUAACUUAACUCGCGCAGAUAUACUAAUUAUUUUAAAGAAAGCAUUGGAUUCUGGAGUAAUCAAUAUUUUUGUAUUAAGAGGAGAUUCUGCAAUUGCAAAUACUGACUUUCCACACGCUGUAGAUUUAGUGCGUUUUAUAAGAAAUGAAUUUGGGAAUAUAUUUUGCAUAUGUGUGGCUGGUUAUCCUGAAAUGCAUCCAGAAUCGCCAUCUAAGGAAUUAGAUUUGUUAUAUUUAAAAGAAAAAGUUGACGCUGGUGCUGAUUUGAUCAUAACUCAAGUCAUUUUUGAAGCAGACGUUUUUAUUAAGUUCGUGAAUGAUUGUAACAAAAUUGGAAUCAAUGUUCCGAUUAUUCCCGGCGUUUUAUCCAUUCCUAGUUAUGCGUCUCUCGAGAAAAUGUCAAAAAUUUGUAAUUUUAGAGUACCACAGGGUAUUGUAGACAUUUUACAACCAAUAAAAAACAAUGACGAUGAAGUGCGUAACUAUGGAAUAGAAUUAGUUACAAAUGUCAUCAAAGAUAUCCUUGCAAGUGGAACUACUUCCGGCUUUCAUUUGUUCACAUUGAACAGAACGUCGUUGUCAUCAGAAAUAUGUAAGAAAUUAAAUAUUUCUAGAUGAUCAUCCGAAGAUGGAAAAAUAAUUACGAUUCCAAAAAAAAACAAAUGACAAUUACAACAGUUUUUGUGUUCCAAUAUUGUACAUCUAAAGAAUAAACAUACUCGUAUUACCCGCCAAAUUAAAGAGCAGCUACCAAUCGUUAAAAGUCCCUAUACCGACGCGUCACUGAGGUAUUAAAAUAUUCAAUUUAUAUAAUAAAUCGUAUGAAACAUUUAUUAAAAUUGUGAUAAAUUGUAACCGUUGACGACGAUAAUACAAUUAAACCUUGCGCUUUACUCUCCUAAUGUACUGGUAACAACGAUGGUAAAAUCAAACUUAUUCAAGAUUUUUUAUGAACGUAACGUGGCAGAUUUAUAGAUACAAAUGAUCCUUCGAGGAUACCUCCCAUUGUGCGCAU